CGUCACUUCCUCUCCAAUGUGUCCACAGUGGUACGUGGUUAAAACCAGCAAACUCGGACGCCACGUAUACAUUAUUCAUUUUCUUUUUAAGAAAAGUCUCGUCAGAUCGUGAAUUCUUACGUGUGUCUUAGUUAUUCAAGUUGACUAAGGAAACUGCAUAUUUAGCUUUGAAACAAACAAGGGGUGUGGACAGAAGUUUCCAAUUUCAUCUGCAGAAGUUGAGCGCAAAGUGAACUUCAACAAGUAAACAUGAGUGAACCGGACCAGCAACAGGAUGAGAUGCCUGCAUACCUGAAGGAUGAGCCUCCAGCAGAUACCAGUAAAGACCAUCCCCAGCCCCAGCCUGGCAUGUUCUCCAGAGUGGCUGGCGGUCUGUUCAGUGUCACAAAGGGGGCUGUUGGGGCCACGGUGGGUGGAGUUGCCUGGGUUGGAGGAAAGAGCUUCAAUCUCACGAAAACCGCUGUUACUUCGGUUGUCUCUGUGCCAGCGAUGGGGGUGGGGCUUGUGAAGGGCAGUGUGUCAGCUGUGGCGGGUGGCGUGACUGCCGUCGGCUCUGCCGUUGCCAGUAAAGUUCCCAUUGGCAGAGGCAAGAAGAAGGACAAGUCAGAUUGAAUCAUGUGGCUCGGAGGUACUUUCGUCAGAGGCUUCUGCAUUGUGUCUUCUUCUUUGACUCCUAAGUGAGUCAUAUUGGAGUUCAUGUUCCAUGUUAUGAGCAUAUUUGGACCAUAUCCAUCUGUCUGACCAGACCAAUGAGAUGACAUUCAUGAGGUGGGGGUUCUUGCUCAACACAAGAACCUCUGUGUGUUCUUGUAGGAAUAGGACAUUAAGUGGGCAUUGUAUUCAGAGUUAUGCCCAAACUGUUUAUGUCUGAAUUAUUACAUUUCUGACCAGAUAUGGGUGUGUGCACGAAUUCUAGAGUAAAUGUUCCGUUUCUUUUUUACUGAGCACACAAAGGCACACCAUUUCAGGCUUUGUAUCUAUAACUGUAGACACAAAUAAUUCACAUACAGUUUACACACACCUUACAGUUGAAUUGCUGCAAGCCAAUUGGUGGAUUAAGAUGAUCAAUCAAGUGUCCCUCAAGGUGCUGUGGGGGAAAAUCACAGACUAUGGGGUGCUGUUGGAGUGCUCUAUCUAUCUGAUUGAAAGUUUGUGAGAUUACUUACUUUGCCUCUGGGGUCCACACUGAUCCACACUGCCCUCUCUCAUCCAGUGAAAGCGCUGUGUCAACUGCAAAACACAGAGAACCCACAGGUCCAUACCUGCAUAUUCUGGGUUUUUGUAUCUGGGAUUUUUUCUACUUUGAUAUAGAACAACCCUGCUGGAAAAGACACUUUGAACCUACCUAAGAUGGUUUGCUGGUCUUAGCUGGUUUAUGGUCUCCCAGCUUGGCUUGUUCAGCUGGGCUGUAAAGUUCCUAAAGCCCAUCUAAGACCAGCAAACCAGUUUAGGCUGGUUUAAGAUGUUUUUGUUGGCUGGUUUAGGAUGUGCUCCACUAUUAGAAUUGUGGGCCAUAAAUCUGAAUGCUGUUAGUACUAAGGCGUUUUAGGGAAAGGUGUGUGUGAAUGUGAUUGACAAUCUUCAUCAAAAAGUCUGUUUUGAUGACUACAACUACAGCUGUAUUCAAUUAUCCCAUGACAUUAACUGUAGUUUUCUCUCUUCUGUGUUAUUCCAUUGUGUUUUUUCACUUUCCUUCUUGUUUCUUGGUUUUGCUGUUUUAUUUCUAUAAUGUGAAUAUUUUAAGGGCCAACAAGGAACCACAUAAAGUGGCAAAGCACAACAGUGUUUGCUUCAAGUAUUUGUCUUUUUCCAUUACCAAAGAAUACAGAUUGAAAAAAAAAGUUCAGUGUAUUUGAUUUUUUUUUUUGUUGUUGUGUGUGUGUGUGUGUGGUUAAUGGUAUAAUGUUGUGUUGAUACACAAUAUACUUUAUAGUAUUCAGUGUACUCUCUCUUUUUAGUGUCAAUUUAUAGUUGUUUGUUUCUAGAUUAAUUUGAGGCAAUUCAUUUCAAUGUAUAAUGUGAAUUCAAGGGACUUAUUAAAUAAAUAAAUAAAUAACAUCA